AUGUCUGGGCUUGAUGAGUGCACAAUAGUGAGAGGAAGUAACAUAGAUUCUCAUUACAUAGUAAAUGCCUACGACUAUGGAAUGACAGAAUAUGAAAGAGUUGGGCAUCAACGUCUUCCACUCUCAUAUACUUCUUCAGUUGCUCCUCGUGAUGCAAGGCACACUGCAACACCUAUCCCCUUGGUACCAAGAUUUGGAUUCCAAGAUCCAACUCCUCCAUUAGAGAAUGUAAGAACGGGUCCUCCAAGAUAUGAUGAAUUUUCCCAUCCGAUUUACCCAACUUCCUUUUAUUAUUACUCCAUCCACUUUGAUUAUCCAUUACGUCUUGUUCCAUCGUAUACACUUCCAACAAAUCCUUCAACCUCUUCCUCAAUGCCCAUACAACAUGCACCAUUUACACAUCACUCUCAACCUCUUAGACACAACAUGGACAUUCAGGACAUGUCAUAUGAGGACAUUCAGAACAUGUCAUAUGAGGAACUUAAUGAGUUAGCUGAACGGAUUGGCAAGGUAAACACGGGUUUGCCCGAUGAAAUUAUUGCAAGACAAAUGAAGACAGAAAUUUAUCAACUUCCUAAUCACUCGGAGGAACAAGAAGUUGAUCUUUGCAUAAUAUGCCAGGAUGAAUAUAAGAACAAAGACCAAAUUGGAAUUCUUCAAUGCGGACAUCGAUACCACUCAGAUUGUAUAACCACAUGGUUGCAUGAGAAAAAUGUUUGUCCCAUCUGCAAAUCACAAGCAUUGACAAUUCAAUAG